CUAUAAAAGGGGCGCGCUGAUUGAAACCCCCUAGUCUCGUCUCUCUGUCGCGAGCAGUAGAGGUUGCAAUGUCUGUGGCGUUUAGAGUACAGAUUUACUUCUUCCUGAUCUGCCUGUCGGCUCUCAAGGGACAAAGCAGGUACCUCGAGGACAAUGAUAUUACACAAGACGGGAUGUUUUCAAUUCUUAAUUCGGAAAUUAAGAGAGGAUUAUCCGAAGGACUUCUUUACCGUCGGCCACUCAGAUGUAUAGACAUGUUGACCAUGGAAGGACAGUUUACAUUCACUGCAGAUCACCCACAGCUUCACUGUGCAGUGUUUUUCAUCGGUGAACCGCAAGAGAUCAUUAGCAUUGAAUACAGUUCUGUGAAUAUAGACUGUAAUGGAGGUGACUUUAUAAAGGUGUUUGAUGGCUGGAUAAUGAAAGGGGAAACAUUCCCCAGUUCCUUGGACCACCCACUACCUAUCUAUGAUCGAUACAUAGACUACUGUGAAACAGACCGCCUCAGACAGGCAGCGAGGUCCUCUCAGAAUGUGGCGAUGCUCUUCUUCAGGAUUCACACACCAGGAAGUGGAUUCACCGUCACAAUUAAGAAAAUCAGCAACCCCUUCCCAUGCAAUGUCAUCUCCCAGACCCCAGAGGGAAGCUUCACUAUGAUCAUCCCUCAUCAGCACAGAAACUGCAGCUUUUCCAUCAUUUACCCAGUGGAGAUCAAAAUAUCGGAACUGACUCUGGGGCAUUUCAACGACCUGCAAGUAAAGAAACCCGUCACAGGCUGUGGGAGAGCAGGGGAUUUUGUGGAGCUGUUGGGAGGCAGUGGUGUCGACCCCUCCAAGAUGUUUCCUGUGGCUGACCUCUGCUAUUCAUUUAAUGGACUAGCUGAAAUGAAGAUUGGGUGUGACAACACUGUUGUGAGGAUGGUGUCCAGUGGCAGAUUUGUGAACCGUGUUGUGUUUGAAUACCGGCUGCUUGAACGUCCCGAGCUAGAAAAACAGAAAGGGAACAGUGUUGAAGACUUCUGUUAUACCACUGACUGAGACACGGGCCCUGCCCAGCUGCAGUGAUGGACACAAAUCCCCCACUUACCUUUCAAUGACUGAUGAGACCCCAUUAACAUCGCUCUUGAUUACGCAAGACCACUGAAAAGACGCUUCAAGAAAAACUGUUUUUGUUUUUGCUUUUUCAUAUUUUGGAUCUCAUGUCUAUUACUGUAUACAGGAGGAUGAAUAAUGUUUUUUAUUUGUUCAUUGUUUUGUCUUUUAUUGAUCUCUGUGUAUAUCAUAUCAUUGACAGUUAAAGCUCAAUAAAAUCAAACAUGCUUGUGUUUGUGUGCACUAUUAUACAAUAUUAUCCUUUCUUAUUUCCAUGCUACAUAAAACACCAAAUAAAUACUUUCCAUUUGACUACCAAAAACACACAAUAAGAUGACUAGUAUGAAAGGAUAUUCAGCAUAUCUUAACAGAAACACUUUAAAAACUUGUUCUGAAAUCAAACUGUAGAAAAACACUCCAUGGCCUGGAUAACUUCACUGACUGUCCAGUAUACUGGACGCAGUGCUACAAAGGGUUAAAGCUGUACAAAUGUACUUCAGCUAAUCAUAGUAAAUUUUACUGGUGUGAUUUAGUUUUUAGUGAUUAUAAAAUUCUGGUAUUUUGAUAGUAUGAUAUCUGACAUCCCAAAAAUGCCAUUAAAUGUACAGUAACGCAAUCAACAGUAUUUUUUUGUUUUUUGUUUGUUUACCUCGGAAUAUUUAUUUGUAUCAAACUUGUUUUUAAUAAAACUGAAU